UGGGGCGGGAAGAGCCACCGGCUCCGCUGCCCUGGGCGUAGGAGUCCAUGAAGGAGUCUGUGAAGGCAUCGCCGCUGUCCUUGAGCUCGGGAUGGGGCAGACAGGAGCAGAUCUCGGCCCAGAGGUCCUCGCUGGACCGGGGCACCACGGAGUCCGCGCUCUCCAUCAUCCUCAUCCUGGAGUCCUGGGAUGGGGGAAUAAACGGUGAGCACCGAGCAGAAACCCCCGCCCAGGCCUCCCCCGUCAGUCUCCCUCGGCCCAAGUCACAUCGGCGGGCGUUUCAGGGAAUUCUCAUUCCACCGGGAAGCCUGGCCGCCCUCCGGGAAGCGGUGACACGCUCCAGGGUGUCGCACCCAGGGAGACCCCUUGGGGGACAGACGGGCGGUCCCCCGCCGGCACCUCACUCCCUCCGCCCCUUCCCGCGGAACGCCGUGUCCCCCCUGCUUUCCGGGCCGCGGAGGGGCCGCGCCGGUCCCGCACUCACCGCACGGCGCACACGGGAAGCCGCCGCAGCUUCACCCUGCGCGUCACCAGCGCCCGGGGCUGACCAAUCGCCGCGCGCCGCCGGCAGGAACAAGGCGCCCAUUGGUCCGCAGCGCGGGGGAUCGGCAGGGUGGGCGGGGCGCGCUGACGCCGCCGCGGCGCCAUGUUGGGGAAGGGCGGAAGUUGUCCCGGGCGGCGCAGGCCGCUGCUGUGCCCGUGGGAUGAGCCGCCUGCCGCGCCGCGCGGUGCUGGCACUCAUGGGGCUGCUGUUCGCCCGGACCAUGGCCUGGACAUCCAGCGGGAAGACACACGCGGAGCUGGUCAACAACCUCUACAAAAAAGGGAUUGUUAAGUCCCAGCGAGUCUUCGAUGUGCUGUUGGCCACGGACAGAGGUCACUACAUCAAGUAUUACCCGUACAUGGAUUCUCCUCAAUCCAUUGGCUACAAGGCCACGAUCAGCGCCCCACACAUGCAUGCCCACGCCCUGGAGCUGCUCAAGGAUCAGUUGGUGGAAGGUGCCAAGGCGCUGGAUGUGGGAUCUGGAAGUGGAUACCUCACUGCGUGCUUUGCCAGGAUGACUGGCCCGACAGGGAAAGCUGUGGGAGUGGAGCACAUCAAGGAGCUGGUGCAUGAAUCCAUCCGGAACGUCCAGGAAGAUGAUCCGACGCUGCUCAGCUCCGGCCGCGUGAAGCUCGUGGUUGGAGACGGCAGGCAGGGAUACCCCGAGGAGGCUCCGUACGACGCGAUCCACGUUGGAGCGGCCGCAGCGACCGUCCCCAAGGAGCUGCUGAACGAGCUGAAGCCGGGUGGGAGGCUGAUCCUGCCCGUUGGGCCCGAGGAAGCGAACCAGGUCCUGAUGCAGUACGACAAAACCAGCGACGGGCACAUCGUGGAGACCCAGCUCAUGGGCGUCAUCUACGUCCCUCUGACUGACAAGGAAAAGCAGUGGCCUCGGGGCGAACUCUGACACAUGGAUGGAUAUCCCUAAAGGCACCUCAGAAAGCUCAUGAGUGGGACUUUAGGCCUGUAGAUGGUCGGUAUGGUUUUGAUUUUUAACGGAAAUUUUAUCCAUGGAUAAAGGGAAGGGAAGUUCUGCUUCAGCAGAGCUCAUUCCGGAGGGAUGGAGAACAGGGGCAGGACCAGAGAAGGCUCUUGGAGGCCACGGCAGCUUCCAGGAAGUGGAUCCGGAUAACUCCAGCUAUCCUCUCCGAUAAACUACAGAUAACAUCAGAGAAUUCCAAAAGCAGGCAGGAAUACUUAAACCUUCACUAAAACAGUUUUAAUAUCGACUACUCUGCUUAAUGCUUGGUGAAAAGAAGUCACAAUUAUUGUCUCAGAGCAA